AUGGCCCCGUACUCGAAACCCGAGGCAGUCCUCAAGCAGGCAGAAGGCCUCAUAUCAGUCGGCCAGAAUCACGCCGCUCUUCAGUCGCUGACGGAGAUGUUCACUUCAAAACGAUUCCGCUCAACUCCCCUCGCAUCUUUGGAGCCCAUCGUGCUGCGCUUCAUCGAACUUUGUGUUGAUAUGCGCAAAGGCCGCACCGCAAAGGAGGGUCUGAUGCAAUACAAAAACAUCGCGCAAAAUAGCAGCGUAGCCUCAAUAGAGGUCGUUAUCAACCGAUUUAUUCAGCUUUCCGAUGCUAAGGUGCAGGAGGCCCAGGAGAAGGCCGACAAGGCAGUUGCAUUGACGGACGUCGAUGAUCUUGAGGCCAGCGAGACUCCAGAGAGCAUUUUGUUGGGAGCAGUGAGUGGGGAUCAAAACAAGGAUAGGACCGACAGAGCGUUGGUCACGCCAUGGCUUAAGUUCCUGUGGGAGAGCUACCGCACGGCCCUCGAGACGCUGAAGAAUAAUGCUCGCUUAGAGGGAAUUUAUCAGCAAAUCGCACAACAAGCAUUCCGCUUCUGCCUGAAACACGAGCGCAAAGUGGAAUUCCGGCGUCUGUGCGAAACUCUCCGCCUUCAUUUGUCGAACGUCGCCAAAUACUCGCAUCAAGCGCACUCAAUCAACCUUUCCGAUGCAGAUACCUUGCAACACCAUCUUGAUACGCGCUUCGCACAGUUGAACACGUCCGUUGAACUUGAGCUCUGGCAGGAGGCGUUCCGCUCGGUUGAAGAUGUACAUAAUCUUCUCACAAUGGCCAAAAAGUCACCUCGUCCAGCAAUGAUGGCCAACUACUAUGAGAAGCUGACACGGAUUUUCUUGAUGAGCGGCAAUGCGCUAUAUCACGCCGCCGCCUGGGGACGAUAUUAUGCCAUCGUAAUUGCCAUCGGUGGAAAGUCUGACGAAGAGAUGAGCCGUCUGGCAGGCCAGGUACUCGUGAGUGCGCUGGCUGUGCCAGUUGGUUUACAAGGCGAGGAGAGCAUUGCUGCAGACGAAAGCAAGGGCAAGAACUCGAGACUCUCUGCGUUGCUGGGACUAUCCAAGACACCCACCCGCUCGAGCCUGUUGCGCGAUGCUCUUUCCCGUAAUGUACUGAAGCUUUCGCCCGAAAGUAUCAAGUCUCUGUACAACAUUCUCGAGGUCACAUUCGAUCCGUUGACGCUCUGUUCAUCUAUUGCACCGCUUUUAAAGUCAUUGGCGGCGGAUCCUUCUUAUACGUCUUAUAUUCCCUUGCUCCAGCGGGCACUUCUCUCUCGUCUUCUCUCUCAGUUAUCUCAGGUAUACUCCUCCAUCAAGAUAAGCAAUCUUUUAGAGCUUGUCUCGCCGAUCCGGGAUCUGGAGAUGGAGGGUGCCAGCGCUUAUGACGAAGAGCAAGUCGAGGCAUAUGUGAUGGGCUGUGCGCGGCGCGGCGAGCUGAACAUUCGCGUCGACCAUGCUGAGGGCAGCAUGACCUUCGUAGACAGCCCAUUCGCGUCGAUCGACGACCCAAGCUCCUCCACCUCCAUGGCAAGUGCGGGCGCGAUACAGCCAUCGACAUCUGAGUUCGUCCGUACGCGCUUGAGUAGACUCGCAUCAUGCCUCCACAAUUCCCUCGCAACCCUCUAUCCUCCGACUCCGCUCUCCGAAGAGGAGCGAGAAACAAAGUUUGCGGCUCUGGUGACAGCGGCGGAGGCCGAGCGCAAAGCGCUGCAGCUUCGACGAGCCCUCGUUGCUCGUCGCCGCGAGCUGCUGUCCGAACUGUCUGUCAGGAAGGAGAGGGAAGAGGCGAGCCGUCGUGCUGAACUCAAUCGCCGCCAGGUAGAGGAAGAAAGCCGCAGGGUACUUGAGGAGGUCCGUAGGAAGGAGAUUGAGAGGAGAGAGCGCGAAAUCGAAAGCAUCAGGAAUGAAGAAGCAAGGAAGCUUGCGCAGAGUCUGAAGGAGAGGGGAAGUUUGAAAGUUGAUAUUAACGACAUGGAGAAUCUCAGCACCGACAACCUUAUGCGACUUCAAGUAGAGCAGCUAGAGAAGGAGAAGAAAGAGCUCACUGAGCGUAUGCGGAUUGCUGCUAAACGUCUGGAUCACAUCGAACGUGCCUAUCGUAAGGAGGAACGGCCAUUGCUUGCGAAGGAUUAUGAAAUUCAGCAGGUGGACGACAAGGCUGUGUUCCAAGCCGCUCAGAAAUCUCGGUUAGAGUCCCACCGCCUCUCACACCAACAAGACGUCGAGACGAAGAAGCGACUUUCUCGCAUUAUGGGCGACUAUCUUGCUCAGAGAGAGGUCAUCGUCGGCAAGCGAGGCGCUGAGUUCGCUAAAAGGAAGGAGAUUGCACAGAAUAAGAUUGAUGACGAGAAGGCCAAGAGGCGAGCUACCUUCCUCAAGGCGCGCGAGGAGGAGAGAUUGCGCAUAGAGGAGGAGGAGCGAAUCAGGAGGGAGAAGGAAGAAGAGCUACUGAGAAUAGAAGAAGAGCGCAGAUUGGAGGAGGAACGGCUUGAAAGGGAGGAAGCUGAAGAGCAAGCUCGCAUUGAGGCUAAGAAACGGGAAGAGGAAGAGGCUCGCGCAAGCGCGCGCAGGCAACGAGAGGAGGAACGCGCUGCUCUACUGGAGAAGGCGCGCUUGCAACAACAGCGAGAAGAAGAAGCCCUCGCCAAACAGGCCGCUCGUGCUGCUGAGCGCGAGCGCGAGCGUAUGCGACCUCAAGUUCAAGCUCCAGCUCCGCCGAUACGCUCAACACUUAGCGGAGAUACAUGGAGAAGACCUGGAGCGCCUCCGGUCGCCCCGUCUCCUCGUGCUGCUCCAGCUCCUCUGCCCCGAUCAGAAAGUCCUGCACCCAAAUACCGUCCUGGUGCCGUCGCAGGUAGCGGGUGGCGGGCAAGAGAGGCUGCAAAAGAAGCGGGAGCAGGGCGUCCUGCCUCACCUGCGCCUCCAGCAAGGGCUCCGGAACCCGUAAAUAAGGAUGAUGAUGGCUUCCAUACUGUCGAAAAGAAAGGUGUGUAUCGGGCUCCGAGGGGUAGAGGUCGAGUCUAA